UUCCUUUUCUCUGGAACUCUGACAGUGUUUCAGUCAUGAGAUUACAAAGCUUGUGGAAGGAAUACUCAGUGGUCUACAGUUCGCUUUUAAGCGCCCCUGACUCGUUUUAGUGGAGUGGGAGCAGGUGCCCGAAAAAAGAGCCCUUUAACUUGUUACUAAGUUCGAUAGUGAAAUCCCUCGCCUCCGUUUCGCAAUUUCAGGAACCUUAUUUUCGCCGCAAUUACUUUUUUCCAGCAAAACGUUUUUAUUCAUCUGGCUGUCCCUGAAUAAAAAAGAAAGAAGGUGCGGGCUGCACUUUAAUGUGCUCUGAUAAAGAGGCUUGUUUACUUGUGGACCACGACUGAAACACUGUGGAAAUAAACCAAUAAAAAGCGUCGUUUUGACUUUAAAGGAAACCUGACGCUGGCAUUCCCAGCCCUGGUCUGUAAGGCGAUUAAAAGCAGGGGAACAGAGCAGUUUUGUUUUUCCCGGUCAUACAAAAAUCCCCAGGACCCACUUCCCACAGGCACCAUGGCCACACCCUCAAGGCUUGAAAACUGGUGCCUGCCCCUGGUGUGGACGAUUGUCCUGGCCGCCACGGACGGAAUGCGCUCGGUCUCCCAGAAACAGUCCCACUCCUUCUGCAUGUUCCAGGAGAAGAAGUACAAAGUGGGGGAGAGAUGGCACCCAUACCUGGAGCCCUAUGGAUACGUGUACUGCAUCAACUGCCUGUGCUCCGAGAGUGGCAGUGUGCUGUGUACCCGUGUGAAGUGCCCUCCUCUACCCUGUGCCAGCCCAGUGCCUGUCCCGCAACAGUGCUGCCACAAGUGCCCAGAGGCGUCUCCUCCCCCAAUGGUGGUCCGCGUGGGGGGCAAGCCAUGUGACUACAAUGGUGUGCAGUACCAGCACGGGGAGGUGUUUGUGGCUGAAGGACUCUUUCCCAACCGCCAGGCCAACCAGUGUGCCCAGUGUAGCUGCUCUGAGGGGAACGUCUACUGCAGGUUGCGUACCUGUCCCAAGCUCACCUGCGCUUUUCCUGUCUCUGUCCCAGAGUCCUGCUGUCGGGUUUGUAAAGGAUCAGGUGAUGGAGACACUUCAUGGGACCCAGCAGAAGGCGAGAUCUCUCGGCAACCCGCUAACAGAGAGGCGAGGCACUCGUACCAGCGCGUUCAGUACGAGCUCUUGCCGCCACGCUCCCUGUCCGGCCUGCCCCGCCUGCCCAGCUUCCGGUCCCACCGCGGCCCGCCGAAUGAACCACCCCAGAGCGCGGGCACCACCGUGCAGAUCCUCAUCGACAGCCAGAGCCAGCAUGGCAGAGUGUGCGUGUCCAAUGGGAAGACAUACUCACAUGGCGAGUCCUGGCACCCCGUCCUGCGCUCCUUCGGGGUCAUGGAGUGCGUCCUCUGCACCUGCAACGUGACACGGCAGGAGUGCCGCAAGAUCCACUGCCCGGACUUGUACCCCUGCAAGCACCCGCACAAGAUCAAUGGCAAGUGCUGCAAGGUUUGUCCAGAGGAGGAGCUAGCUCUGGAUGGCCAGGACAGCAAGGAGUACUUCUGUGGAGAAGAGACCCUGCCUGUGUUCGAGGCCUUGGAGUCUGCUGAGGGAGCCAGCAUCAGGACCAUUGCUAUGGAGAUGGAGACCCCCGCCGAGGCCGAGCUACACAUCUGGACUAUUGUAAAAGGUCUACUGCGAAAUUUCCACAUUGAGAAGAUCCCCGUGAAGGAUUUCCACAAACGCAGCGACUUCAAACCACUGACACGGACAACGCAGAGUCGCUGGAAGAUCUUCCGUGAAGGAGAGACCCAGGUUAGCCAGAUGUGCACCAACCGGACCUGCCGGACCGAGCUGCAGGACCUGGUGCGGGUCCUUUUCCUGGACAAGCCGGAGAAGAGCCACUGCUAAGG